GGCAUCAAAAUGCUUAGAGGCAGGAGCCGGACCUGAGUGGAGGAUUGCACCAUUGUGGACACUUGGCAGUCGAAGACAUCUAGAUCAUCCGCAUUUCCAACUCCCUGUUGAGAGAGCUAAGGAGGUGCCAGGACGCGCCAGGACACUUAAGAUGUGGAGAGAAAAGGGAAAUGCAAUCGGCAGCUGGCUGUUGGCUAUCACAGCCAUAUUCGGAUUUAUAACUCUCAUAUGGAUUCCGCAGGCCUCAGCCGAAUGCCAAACGCGAUCGAUUUACUGCUACGAAUGCGAUUCUUGGACAGAUGCCCGCUGCAAGGAUCCAUUCAACUAUACGGCUCUGCCGAGGGACCAGCCACCCCUAAUGACCUGCAACGGUUGCUGUGUGAAAAUGGUUCGCCAUCAAAGAUCACCCUACGAGGUGGUGCGCCGCAUGUGUACGUCACAGUUACAGAUCAAUUUAUUCAUGGUCGAUCACGUGUGCAUGGUGGAAAGUUCAGGCAAUGGACAUAUGUGCUUUUGUGAGGAAGAUAUGUGCAAUUCUAGUAAAGAUUUAUACACUCAUGGCAACCAGUUGCAUCUCAUAAUUACCAUCGCAGUGGCAGUGUCCUGGCUAAUGGGUCAAGUGCUCAACAGAUAGAAAGUGUUGCUAGGAUCACGACCACACACACACACACACACACACAAACACUCAAACGCCACACACAUACAACUCUGAAAUCUCUCGCUCUCUGUCUCUAUCUCUCUUUGUAAACAUAUGAUUUGUAGCUUGAAUAUUUCAUUUUGUACGUUUGAAGCACAGUUUUCGAUGAUCUGAUCUGAAGCCGAAACGAGCCUUGAGUAGUUUGAAUAACACCUAUGUACAUAGUUCGAUAGCCAAAGCUUCCACAGACCGAAGGCUUCUCCUUAUUCACACUAACACACUGAACACACUAACACUAGUACACGUACACUUACACGUACACUAUAUGCGAGCUUUGGAUGCACUGCGUGCAACGAGUAGAGUCGAACGAGUGUGUUCGAACUCGAGUCACAGCACGAGUACUCGUUAUUUGAAUUGCAUGUGUUGUUGAUGCUAAAGUAAGCUGAAGCAUGUAGCGCUUAAGUAGGAAUUGUAGUUACAUUUUAUUUUCGUUGUUACUUACAUUUGGAAAUGCCCCAGAAGAGGGAUAAACCAAAACCAAGUCCAUAAUCGAUUCACACACACAUAAAUAUGUUUAUGCAUAAACAUCCAACUAUAUCAUAUGUAAACUUGGAAUAACUCGCCAACACCCUUGGUUUGUAAAAACCUCCAAUACUCCAACUCCAGCAAUGUUCAUCCAAAAGUAUUUACCAACACGAAUCUAACGUAAGGGAAGUGUGGAAUAUUUGCUCAUCCUGUUUAUUCCAAAGUCAAAGGAGAGAACUUCAUGUUGCAUUAGUUAUUAAGCUUUAAUCGGUUCUAGAUCGGCUCCCGCCCACAUCAUAUCACGUAUCCUAAAUAACCAUUGUAAUCGAUUCUUUGGGAACUUAUCGAUAUCGACCUUAGUAUAGUCGCAUCAUUACCUUGCCCACAAACUGUAUAAAGAAUCAGUCGUCACGCCACUCGGGCUCCCUUUGGUUUGUAUUCAACAAGUGAUAAUUAGUUAGUAAGUAGAAGACUACUUCCUCAUACCCCUAGCCAAAUCCAAUCCAAUCCCCAUCCACAUCCACAUUAUGAAAUUGAAAGUGACUCAAUUCUCAUUGUCAUGCUAGUGAUAGACUUAAACGAAUCGAAUUAUAUAGCUUAUGAUUUGAGUUUUUGGAUUAUGAAUUAAUAUUAUGACUUAUAGUAAUGGUUAUCCACUCGAGAUCGAGUAUUCGACUCGACGUUUGUAUACUAAGCGCAUUUGAAUCUUUUUCAUUUGUAUUCUUGAAAAUUGGCUAAUAAAUAACAAAAAUGUUUACCAUAAUAUCUCUAAAUUUACUCUUAACCUUUCAAUAUUAACCUUUUAGCUUAGAUCUGUUUAUUCUCUUACAACUCUUAACCACUUCCAAUCUCACUCUUGCACUGCUCCUCCCUCACGAAUUUGUACAAUUUAAUAUUUAUCUUCGUACUGGCUUUAGUUGAUUGCAAUAUGCUUUAAGUGCAAGGCAUUUCCGUCCAGCUGUUCAGCAUGUUCGGUCAGUUGUUCUCCAGUGCUUUCUGGCACAAGGUAAGUCCCCAGAAACAGUACAGUUGCGCACCAUUUCCUUAGUUCGCUCCUGCCUACUCGCUCUCUAUUGCUCUCGCUCGCUCGCUCGCUCUAGCUGGGAGUCGGCCUAUCUUGGUACACACACUAUACUAUAAUCCCUCCCUCAGUCUAUCUCUCUCUCUGUAUCCGUAUAUCCCUUUAUCCAUCCCACAAUACUUGGCAAAUAUUAUGCAAUGAUUAAACACCAUUUGAUUUGAGUUCUAUUUAACAUUUAAUUUGAUGUAUAGUUUACGCUUUCUUGUUAUGUUUGAUUGUUCGAUGACAAAUAUACUUAUCCAUAAUAUAACCGAUUUUGGUUUGUGAAUGUUGAAAAUAUUCUUAUAGCCAGUAUUUGAUUUAAUGAUAUGAUUGAUUGACGGUUAAUGCGUUUCAAAGUUUAUAAAGAAUACAAAUACCAAAACAAACAACAAAUUACUAUCGAAACACAGGCAAUGAAAUCGAUUGAAAUGAAUUUGCAAUCACACAACAUAUGGAUUUGUGGUGUAAAAAUAAAUAUUUUUAUACCCGAUACUCAAAAUGAGUAUUGGGG